AUGAAGCUCAGUACAUUGAUCCUCCUUAUCGUCGUCUUCGGCGUUUCUGCUUACAGCUACCCCCCUCCAUUCAACGAAUUUCGUUAUCUCGAUAACGUGACACUUCUCCAUGAGGCGAUCGCGCAGCAUAGACCUGUUCAUCCUCGACUAGGGUCGAUCCACGGCCAUCAAGACAGAAGGUGGAGCCAUGCGGAUCACGGACUUAGCCCAAUGGACGUUUGGCCAGUAAACGACAACAAGUUCACGGUCGUUCCGUUUUGCUAUGUCAACAAAUUCGCAAAGAACAGGACUGGCCGUAUUUGGUCACAGGCCUGGAAGGUCAAGGAUGCCACAGGCGCUGCUAUGUUCUGCUACACUGAUUAUACAAGAGAGAUGUGGAACCCUUCUGUAAAGCCCACUACGCUUGCCAUUGGUCUUUUCAUAGAUGCCAUGCACGCCACAGCCACUGCUGGGUUUACGCAUCCGGACUGGUAG